GGAUACACAAAACAUUUCCCGAACGAAAAAAAAAGAACCAAAUAUUCUCAUUGCAUACGAAUAAUAUCCCUCAAAACGGGUGGGGCUUCUCUCAAUCUCUCAUUUAUACACGAAAAGCGUAUCCAACAAUUUGAAUGUGAGCUCCCAAACGUACCAACAUUACCAUUCAACGGUAGACCUUCCCAUCAGAUUCAUCGUAUGUGAAUCGAAAUUUGCAGACAAGAAAUAGUUUAUUUUUUUGUGUUCGUGUGGUUAUUGUUGUUGUUGUUGUUGGUGUUCAUUGAAUGUUUUAACAUUGCUGUUCAUUUCUUUACAUUCGAAGCGUUUGAAUUAAUAAAUUUACUUUUACGGAUUGCAAUCGAAUUUCAAUCAUGUCAGACACAGAAGACGAUUCAAGCAUUUCGGAUAAUAGCUGGCCGGUGAAUGAGGCCUGGUUGAUUGGAAUUCUAACAGAAAGUCAUAAGUGUUCGGAAACGGACAUCAAGAUUUUGAACUUUGAUGUGAAAACCGCCUGCCAAAAUGGCGUUAGUAAUUUAAGUGACCUGUUGGCUGUAUCGGUGAAAUACGAAUUCGUGAAUGCUUCCAAAAGCAAAGACUUGAUCAUUAAGCUCCUUCCACACGAUCCAUUCAGUCGGUUUUUUGUUACAGAAGCUCAGUUCGAUUUAAGGGAAAUUAAAUUUUAUACAAACAUUCUACCGCAACUCAUAGAAUUUCAAAGGAAGCAUUUGGAACCCAACGCAGAAGCAAUGGUUAUAUCAGUGCCAACGUGCUUUCAUACUCAGUAUACGGCUGGUAAUUUGCAUACCAAUCAUACCAAUGAUGACAUGAGUCCACCAGAACCGCCAGAAAGUAUUUUGGUGUUGGAAGAUUUACGUCCAAUGGGAUACAGGUCUGCCCAUUUCAAAAAAGGACUGACUUUGGUCGAAGCUGAAGCUGCUGUUACAACUAUUGCCGUUGUUCAUGCACUUUCUCUUGGAAUGAAAGUAAAAGAGAAAGUCAAUUUAAACGAGCGAUACCCGUUCUUGUUCCAAACAUCUAAAGCCACGGAAAGUUAUCAACAGCUCGUAGAGCAGGGCCUUCCUCAAUUAUCGAAAUUUCUAGAACGCAUAACUGGACAUGAAAAGGAACUAGGUGCCCUUACAGCAAUCCGUCCGAAAACUCGUUCAAUUAUCGAAAAUCUUCUGCAACCGGUCGAACCGAUGGGACUUAUUACCCAUACCGAUUUUUGGUGUAACAAUUUACUCUUACGCGAAACCAUAGAUGCAACUAGGAACGACAAUUGUGUCAUUUUGGAUUGGCAAAUGGUCACUUACAGCAGACCAACCAACGACAUUGCGCUGCUAAUCAUUUCAUCGUUACCAUCUAAAGUUCGUCGUGAAAAUACCGGGAAACUACUCAAUUUGUACUACACUUCGCUGAAAAAUAAUUUGGAGAAAAUUUCAGUUGAUUUGGAGGUGGAUUUGAACUAUUCGCGACAUAAAUUGGAGCAGGACUACAAAAAAUCGCAACUACUAGCACUGCUGCUGUGCAUCGGUUCCGUUGACAUUGCCCUUGGUAAUAAGGACGCCGAACAACGGUUCUUGGACGUCCUGCACGAUUUGUACGAAGAAGGCAUUCUGAAUACCAGUGAAAUAUCGAUUUAAUGACAGAAGAACGAACAAUUCUAGUAUUGUAUAAGAAGCAGACAAAACCAUACGCGCAUUUUACUCAAUGCCAAGCUUAUUGCAUAAUUAAUUUUUAAAAAUUGAAUGUAAUGAUUAGCUACUAUUUCAGAACAUUAGACGAUGAAACAUUAAAUCAAUGCAUCAUCAAACCAUCAAGUUAUACACACAAAGAGUAAACAAAAAUCAAAUUUGACGAAGUAAAUAGAGGGCAAUUAAAAAUCAGCAUAAAAAA